CAGCGCUGAGGAAUAAAAACAGAACAAUAAUAAGCAAAACAUCAGGGUGAGACCAUGACAUAGACAAGGGUUUAUAUUAUAUGAACGAACUGGACUUGGUUUGACUGAUUAUGUGGCGUUUAAAUUCACACAAUGAGUGCGCGAUGAGACAAAGUGUUUAUUUGUCUGAAAUGUUUGUGUCGCUGAGAUGAAAGUCAUGCAGAGGAAAGUUUGCGGCUUUAUUCAGUUCUCAUAUCCAAUCAUGUAUAAAGAGGUCGUGCUGACUCUGAGCCUGCUGGUGGCGCUAGCGUGUCGAGCCCAGGCCACCGAGGGUCACCCCAUCUAUGGUGUGAAGCUUUGCGGGAGGGAGUUCAUCCGCGCUGUCAUCUUUACAUGUGGAGGCUCACGCUGGAGAAGAUCCAUCGGGAUGCCAGGGGAAACUGGUGAUUUAGCCUCUGACUUUCUCUCCACUCACGACGAUGAGGCCUCAGACAGCUGGAGCUCCCAACUCAUCCCCCGCCUUCCUUACAAAGCUCAGGCUGACCCGGAGUUGGCCGGCUUGACCGGUGAGGGUCCAGAAAGUUUAGCGUUCAUCCGCCCAGCUCGCUCGCUCAUCUCAGAUGAGGUCCUCGAGGCUCUACGCACCUCAGACAGGAAAGGCAGGGACGUGGUUGUGGGUUUGUCCAACGCCUGCUGCAAGUGGGGCUGCAGCAAGAGCGAGAUCAGCUCCCUGUGCUAAAACGGACACUUCCAUUCCCUCUCCAUCUGACCAUGCAUGUCCGUCUCAUACUGUAAUGUCGAUGUCUGUAAUAUUUGCUGCUAGCAAGGAUGGUGUGUUACGUGGACUAAUUUGAAUGCAGCAGCUGGGGUGUAAUGUAUUAAAAUGUAUGCAAGUGUUGUGCAUCUCUGAAAGACACCGUUUUUUUCUGUGUAUUACACGAUUACACUCUGCCCUGCCCCGAUUCACUCAAACAACUCAAAUCAAAUAAAGUUUUGUUUUGCAAUACA